CCGCUGCCCUUGCCCGGCCGAACACUACUCAAAUCGCUGUUCCUUGAGGCUCCCACACGCUCAUUCUUGGCCACUCUUUUCGGGCUACUAUCUCGAUGGCGAACGUUAGAGAACUAUCAGUUGUCCCACCACCGCUGCCUGCGUCGUGGACGCCCCCGGCAGCGUCGGGCAAAUCGAUAUCUCCCCUCGUCACACGCAGACUUAUUCCUGCUGGUCCGGCAUACCUAGCGCAUGUCAAGCGCGCCGUCCAUAACCUCACGUUCGAGGAGCACGAUAAACAUGCGGAGGAAGAGCGCAAGCGCCUGGAGGCGAUGAAUGGCACAGGCGUUGACGGCGAGGAUGAUCUUGGGGUCGGAGAUGAGCCAGAGGACGAGGAGCUAUCGUUGCUGGAUCCGAAGGAGUGGAAGAAACAAGACCACUACCAGGUCCUCGGACUCUCACAUUUGCGCUACAAGGCGACAGGCGACCAGAUUAAGAUUGCGCACAGGAAAAAGGUGCUCAAGCACCACCCGGACAAGAAGGCCGGGCUCGCGGGAGACUCAAAUGACGACGCAUUCUUCAAGUGCAUCCAGAAGGCGCACGACGUGCUGACGAACCCGGAGCGGCGGCGCCAGUUCGACUCCGUCGACCCGUACUACGAGCUGCUCGAGGCGGAUGUACCGGCGGAAAAGCAGCUCAAGAGCGCGAAGAACCCGCAGAAGUUUUUCUUCGACUCGUUCGCCCCCGUGUUCGAGCGCGAGGCGCGCUUCAGUCGCAAGCAGCCUGUGCCGAUGCUCGGCGGCUUCGAGGACACCAAAGAGACCGUGCAUGCGUUCUACGACUUCUGGUACAACUUUGACAGCUGGCGGAGCUUCGAGUACCUCGACAAGGAGAUCAAUGAGGGUAGCGACAACCGAGACGACAAGCGUUAUACCGAGAAGAAGAACAAGUCUGAGCGGGCGCGUCGCAAGAAGGAGGACAUCGCGCGGCUGCGGAGCAUCGUCGACCUCGCGCUUGCGUACGACCCGCGGAUAAAGCGGAUCAAGGAGGAGGAGAAGGCGGCGCGCGAGGCGAAGAAGAAGAGCAAGGGCGGCGCGCAGAACGGCGUGGACGCGAAGCAGAAGGCUGAAGAGGAGAAGAGGAAGGCGGAGGAGGCUGCGAUGCGGCAAGAGGAGGAAGAGAAGGUUGCCCGUGCGGAAGCCAAAAAGGCGAAGACGGCGGCUGCCAAUGCCGCGAAAAAGGCCAGGCGAGCGGCGCGUGCUGCAGAGCCCGGCGGCGAUGCUGAGCCCCAAUAGUCGGUUGUUUGUGGGGACGAUAGCUUCGCCAUUCAUUCCAUCAUACCGGCCUCACCUGCAUUUUGUAUCGCUGCAUUGUGCAUUAGAGCUGUCAUGUUAUGUGCUACCUAGACGGGCUUGGCUGAUCGAGGCAGAUCUUGGAGUACUCAAUCGUCUCCUGUGCACUUGCGCUCUCCGUACUCAUUUGUUUGGUACCAUUUUAAUGAGCUCGUCCGCAACUGUUCUGGGGUCGGUACGGUGAUUGACUGGAGCAAUUGGCGUAUCCAGUCUUCCGCUGGCGGUAUACCGCGCGUGCGACGCAGCAGUUAGCCCAUCC